AUGUCCAUCACUCUCACACCACUCGAAUCCCAAAUAUUCACAAUCCUCGACUCAUACUCCCGUUCCCUCUCCACACCCGUAGAAUGCCGCAUCGCCGGCGGUUGGGUAAGGGACAAGCUCCUCUCCCUAGCGUCGGACGAUAUCGAUGUUGCGCUUUCCUUCCUCACGGGACUACCCUUCGCCUUGGGACUGCAGGAAUGGUGCCGAGAGCAUGGGGUACCCUGUGGGAAGACGAGCAGGAUCGAGGCUAAUCCCGAGAAGAGCAAGCAUCUCGAGACAACAAAGUUUGAUAUACUGGGGUUGGAGAUGGACUUUGUUAACCUCAGAGCGGAGGAUUAUGCGGAGGAUAGCAGGGUACCUUCUCAACGGUUUGGCACGCCUUUAGAAGACGCGCUCCGGAGAGACCUGACAAUCAACGCAUUGUUCUACAACGUCCACACUCGCAAAGUCGAGGAUUUCACCGGCAAGGGCCUAGCCGACCUGAAGAACGGAAUCUGUCGUACCCCGCUCCCUCCGCGCCAGACGUUCCUAGAUGACCCCCUCCGGGUCCCGCGCGCUAUUCGGUUUUCCGCACGGUUCAACUUCGUCCUCGACCCUGCGUUGCGGGAAGCAGCCGCGCUCAAGGAAGUGAAGGACGCGCUCAUGCAGAAGGUGUCACGCGAACGCGUAGGCAUCGAGUUAGAGAAGAUGCUCAAAGGCCCGAACCCCCUCCUUGCCAUUGAGCAUAUCCACGCUCUAACGCUCUACGAAGCGAUCUACCUCCUUCCCGCCCCCUUCUCCCAGUCCCUCUCCUCUCCUCCCCUCCCCUCCCAAACCGGGCUCAUAGCAUCCUCCGUCCUCUCCCAGCUUCUCUUCCCUCCCCGCUUACGCACGUUCCAGCGCGUCCAAGAUUCCCAAAUCAGGAAACGACUUUUCCUAGCCUCCGAGCUUACGCCUUACGCCCGUGUUACCUACACGGAAAAACGACCCUCCCCGGCAGUGGAGGCGAUCACCAGAGAGGGACUCAAGUUGUCGAACCACGAUGUUACUGCUAUGUCAGCUCUGUUCGCUGCGUCGGAACUGCUCUCCCAGCCUGUCUUAUCCCGUUUCCCUCCUCCGGAACGGCGGUCUAUCGGACUCGUACUGCGUAACCCAGCUGUGCACGACCCAGUCCGAGGUUUGAACUGGGAAGACUCCCUCUCUUUCUCCCUCGUGCAGGAUCUGAUCCCCUACUGGGACCUGCGUGACAAGCGGCUCAAAGAUGGGGCAGAAGAGGUGCUGAGAGCUUAUGAGCUGUUUCUUGCCCGUCUGGAAGAGCUGGGCUUGCCAGCUGCUAUAGAGGAGAAACCGAGACUUGACGGAAAAGAGAUCUCCAGCACGCUCAACAUCCGCCCCGGACCUGCUAUUGGGCCCAUCCUGAAUAGUGUCGUCGCUUGGCAGCUCGAGUUUCCUGAGGGGACGAAGGAGGAGUGUAGGGCUUGGUUGAGGGAGCAGGUGGAGAGUGGGGGGAUUGACCUGCCUGAGGAGGGGAAGGGGAAGGGGAAAGGUGGGGGAGGGGGAGGGGGAGGGGGGAAGAAGGGGAGGAAGUGA